UUCUUAAAAUUCUAAAAACAUUUCAUCGCAAAAACAAAAAAUAGAAAAGAAAAAGGAAGAAAAGAGGGUCUUUUUGGUGGUAAAGGAGAGAGAGACAGAAGAACAACUCUUCCCGUCCUUCGAGACGGUCUUCAUCCUCCUUCCCCUUACGCUUCAUCCUCAGGUUGAUCUGCAUUUGAAUCUUAAGGUUCCUGAUUUAUUUUUCGAAACAUGGAUGGAGUGCUUUUCUGGUCAAGUUGCCACAAGAAUUGUUUGUUUUCAUUCCAAGAAAUGCGCAACUGGCGAUUCCUCAUACUUGGAGAAUUUCUUCCGGUUUCCUUUGUCAAUUGUACUUAAUUGCCCUUUCUCCUUUAAUGACCAGCACAGUCUGUGUGAUGCUUGUUUUGUCUGAGAGGAGUGCUGCAUCUUUAGGGAAAUUGUACAAUGCAUUGCUGACCCAAUAUCCAGUUUAAACAUCUGAACAAUCCACUUCUUCGGAAUGAAGUAGAUAAACUGGUGUUUGAUAUGGAUACUUCCUGUAUCUUUAGUAUUGGAUAAGCAAUUGCAUUAAAACUGUGCAGACUAUAGUUUUUAAUAAUUGUCUUGUUGUCCCAAUGGUUAUUGGUGAUGAUAAAACAUCUUUUGCUUGAAAUUUCUUUAAUAACGUCUAUGUAGACUUAGAUGAAGUGGCUAUUAUUGAAGUUCUUAAGUGUUGGGUCACAGUGUUUUUAGCUAGAGUUUAAUCUGGUAGAUUUAAUCAAUCAUUUCGGUUACACCUAGGUAGACCAUUAUGAUCGCCAGUAAUUGUUCAUUUCUACCUCUUGCGUCCUGCUACAAAGCCACGGGUCUAUUAAAAUAUUAACCAAUAAGACUACGCAGUCCUUCACUCAAAAAGUUUCUGCUUUUGCCAAUUUUUUGCCACGACAAAGAAUUGACAAUUGAAUAUACUGGACCAGCAAAUAUCUGUAAAAUUUUAUACUCCCUUCUCAGCAUCGUCUACUAGAGUUAAAUACCACCUAUCUUUUGAAUAAAGAGCUGCUUUGGGUUCUGUGUGAACAAUGGAGAGGUACAAAUUAAUUAAGGAGGUUGGGGAUGGAACAUUUGGGAGUGUCUGGAGAGCUAUUAAUAAGCAAAGCGGUGAAGUUGUUGCAAUCAAGAAAAUGAAGAAAAAGUAUUAUUCUUGGGAGGAGUGUGUAAACCUAAGUGAAGUCAAGUCAUUACGAAAAAUGAAUCACUCAAAUGUUGUGAAGCUGAAGGAAGUUAUUCGAGAAUGUGACAUUCUGUACCUUGUUUUUGAGUACAUGGAAUGCAACCUCUACCAACUAAUGAAAAAAAGGGAAAAACUGUUUUCUGAGGAUGAAGUUAGAAACUGGUGUUUUCAAGUUUUCCAAGGUCUUGCGUACAUGCACCAGCGUGGAUAUUUUCACCGUGAUCUAAAGCCUGAAAACUUGCUUGUCACCAAGAAUAUUAUAAAAGUUUCUGAUUUCGGCCUAGUGCGAGAGAUCAGCUCACAACCACCCUAUACUGAGUAUGUCUCCACACGGUGGUAUCGUGCCCCUGAAGUCCUGCUUCAGUCUUUCCUUUAUAGCUCCAAAGUUGACAUGUGGGCAAUGGGUGCUAUUAUGGCUGAGUUGUUCACUCUCCGUCCUCUAUUUCCGGGUAGCAGUGAGGCAGAUGAGAUCUACAAAAUAUGCAGUGUGGUAGGUAGUCCAACUGCUGAAUCUUGGGCCGAUGGACUCAAACUUGCUAAGGAUAUCAACUAUCAGUUUCCACAGCUAGCUACUGCAGAUCUCUCUGUACUGAUUCCAUCCAGAAGCGAUGAUGCAAUCAACCUUAUCAAAUCACUUUGUUCAUGGGAUCCCUGCAAGAGACCUGCUGCAGCAGAGGCCCUUCAACAUCCUUUCUUCAAGAGCUGCUUUUACAUCCCUCCAUCGCUUCGCACCAGAGCAGUAACCAGAACUCCUCCAUCUGCCGGAAUAAGGGGAACAGUGGAUCGUCAAGGGGUCAGGAGAUAUUCUGGUGCAAUGCCUAAUUCGAAACUUGGCAAUAAUUUUGCUUCCAUGAAAUUACAUCCUUCUGUAGCUCCAGGUGUACAACGGAAGCUGGAUAUGGCAAAAGAGGAUGGAAUUAAAGAUAAGAAGGCAAAAGAGGAUGGAAUUAAAGAAAAGAAAUCAAUGAAGACUACUACUCCACAAUCAAAAUAUCAACCACCAGGAAAAGGCAGCCCUAGUUCUUUAAGCAAGGGGAGAACCGUGCGUUGUGUUUCAGAAACAGCCGACAAGUUUGCCAACAUGUCAAUUUCUACUCGAAGACAUUCCUUGAGUCAAACUCGUCCACCUCCAAUGAAAGCUGGAGUUAAUUGGAAUUCUGAAUCUGGAAACAUCUUGCUCAGGUCCGCCCAACAGAUUCCAACUGGAAGAACUUUAACAAAAAAAGUUGCUGGAUGAGAUGACAAGUAUUUGCUGGCCUUGGAAAUUUUAUUAGUGAUCAAUAUGUUGAAUGUUCGAGUACUAAUCUUUUGAGAGUAUAUGCGUUUGCACCUUUUCUGAUGACGUUGAAGUUUGUAGCCGUUAUGUAUCCUUAUAUUUGUCACAAACAAAUCUGUAUCUUUUUAUUGCUUGAAAUUGAUACACUAACUCCUAUACAGUUAUACUGAUGUUUUUUUAAUCUAUGAUGCAAUUCAAUACCGUGGAAUAUUUUAUACA